UGAAAAAAGGAGGACAUAUCGUGUUGGUGAGAAAGAUAUCGAGCUCAAGUUGUACGGAAGCUUAUCCGCUUGCGAAGAAAUUCAGGUUACUUCAUGUUAAGAAUGGCUCAUCGGCUGACGUCCCACCACAGGGCAUUAUUUUCACCAAAGUAUCUUUCUGGAACAUCAGCACACAUUACUACCACAUCAUAUUUCAGAGCCCCAUUUGAUGUGAAAGACAAAGAUGACUUUCAGAAAAAAGUUCUGGCCUCUGUCAAACCUGUCCUUGUGGACUUUCAUGCUAACUGGUGUGGCCCUUGUAAGGCUUUAUCACCAAAGUUAGACGCAAUAAUGGGAGAAAAAGAUGGCUUGUUAGAGCUGGCUAAAGUGGAUAUUGAUGUCCAUUCUGAUCUGGCCAUGGAAUAUGAAGUAGCAGGCAUUCCUACUGUUUUGGGUGUAAAGAAUGGAAAAGUUGUGAACCGGUUCACUGGACUAAUAGAAACAAAAGAACUUAGAGAAUUUGUGGAAAAACUUUUAAGUUAAUUCUGAAGUGCUAAUCUUAAAAAAAGAGCAUAGUGUUGGAAUCAUUAUUUGGAUUUCAACAGUAUAACUUUUGUCACCCUUAGCUAUUUAUCAGAACUCUGUCACAUCACUGUACAUGUAAGUUGGUUAAUUUUAACAUGGAACUGAUAAAAAAAAAGGCUAGUAAGCACAAUUAGAAAUUGUUUGCAUCUUGGUAAUCCUUAGAUAAUGAUUUACUCCAAUUCCUUUAUUUCUUACCUGAGAAUAAAAAGCCUAUAAACACUUUUAAGCCUAAAUUAUCAACUCGACAAUGUGGGUGUUAACAAAUGUUCUUAAGACAAGGUCAAGAAAAUGAUUAAACAAUGAAAUAGAAUUAGUAAGCUUGGGAAGUUCAGUGAUCAAUAAAGCUUUUGUAUAUGCUGGGGUGGAUCCAGGAUGUAGUCAAGGGGGUUCAGAGAAUUGCCCGAGGACAUCCUCCCCCAGGAGAUUUUGAAAAUUAGGUCUUUGGAAACAUGAUUUCCAGCAUUUUGAGGGAUAAUUUAGGGGGUUCGGCCGAACGACCCAAACCACCCCUGGAUCCACCCCAGAUAUGUUAGUUAGGUGGUUAUCAGUCAUAACAACUGCAGUGUGUUUCAUCUUCAUAAACACUGAGAGAGGUUACCAGGACUGUUUUUCAAAUUCUUGAUUCAACAUCAUUUUGUCACUGUGUAUUGCAAGUGUUGUUAUUAUUACUGAGAAAUCUUACCAGAGAGGUGUUUUUUGUGCAUUAUUUUAAUCAUGUGAUACAGUUACUGUGGCCUUAAUUCUUAACUUGGUAUUGUGAAUGACUACUUUAUCCUGGCUUGAGUAUUUUAAAACAAUAAUAAAAGACUUAACAUGCACAGCAUAAACAGGA